CAGCAAAUGAGGGAAGCUUGAUUUCAUAGCUUGUCACUGUUGAUUUUGCCUAACCUUUGGACUCAUUGGGUCAUCCCAAUCCAUUUGCACUGGUAUAUAAGACUUCCAGCAACACUGAAGAAAUUCAUCUCUCCUUUUACAGGCAUCCGAGUGUUGUAUCCGAGUACAGCCAUGCAGUGGAAAAUACUUCCCAUCUGCGUGUUGCUGCUGCUUCCUACCCUCUUGAUUCAACAAGUUUCAUCUCAAGAUUUAUCAAGCUGUGCAGGGAGAUGUGGGGAAGGGUAUUCUAGAGAUGCCACCUGCAACUGUGAUUAUAACUGUCAACACUACAUGGAGUGCUGUCCUGAUUUCAAGAGAGUCUGCACCACAGAACUCUCCUGCAAAGGCCGAUGUUUCGAGUCCUUCGCACGAGGGAGGGAGUGCGACUGUGACUCCCAGUGUAAAGAGUUUGGCAAGUGCUGUGACGAUUAUGAGAGUUUCUGUGAAGAAGUGCAUAAUCCCACAUCACAACCUCCAAAGACUGCACCUCCGCCUCCAGGAGCAUCUCACAACAUCAAAUCAACUACCAAACGCUCUCCCAAAUCACCAAAAAAGAAGACUAAGAAAGUUGUAGAAUCAGAGGAAAUAACAGAAGAACACUCUGUUUCUGAAAAUCAAGAGUCCUCCUCCUCUUCCUCUUCCUCUUCAACUAUUCGGAAAAUCAAGUCUUCCAAAAAUUCAGCUAAUAGAGAAUUACAGAAGAACCCAAAAGUAAAAGAUAACAAGAAAAACACCCCUAAAAAGGAACCUAAUCCAGAACCACCAGGUGUAGAUGAAGCUGGAAGUGGACUGGAUAAUGGUGAACCCAAGCCCACCCCAACUCCUGACAAUCCCAAGACUACAGCAGCAAAGCCGGCAAGUGCUAAACUCAGUCCUGCACCUAAUUCUGAGACACCCAAAGAGGCAUCUUCAACUUCCAAUAAAGAGACAACAGUUGAAAUGAAGGAGACUACUGCAACAAAUAAACAGACUUCCGCCAGUAAAAAAGAGAAAACUACUUCAGCUAAAGAGAUACGCAGUGCAGAAAAUAAAGAUGUUGCACCCACAUCUGAUGUUCCUACUCCUACCACCUCCAAGAACUCAGCUCCCACUACCACCAAGGAGUCAGCACCCACUACUACAAAGGAACCGGCUCCUACUACUACCAAGAAGCCUGUAACUACAACCAAGGAACCUGCUCCUACCACUCCCAAAAAGCCUGAACCCACUACCCCUAAGAAGCCUGAACCCACCACCCCUAAGGAGCCUGAACCCACCACUCCCAAGGAACCAGCUCCCACGACCCUUAAGGAGCCUGAAUCUACCACCCCUAAGGAGCCUGAACCCACCACUCCCAAGGAACCAGCUCCCACGACCCUUAAGGAGCCUGAAUCUACCACCCCUAAGGAGCCUGAACCCACCACUCCCAAGGAACCAGCUCCCACGACCCCUAAGAAGCUUGAACCCACGACCCCUAAGGAAACUGAAGCCACCACUCCCAAGGAACCAGCUCCCACAACCCCCAAGGAGCCUGAACCCACGACCCCUAAGGAACCAGCUCCCACAACCCCCAAGGAGUCUGAACCCACCACCCCUAAAGAACCAGCUCCCAUGACCCCCAAGGACACUGAAGCCACCACUCCCAAGGAACCAUCUCCCAUGACUCCUAAGGAUCCUGAAGCCACCACUCCCAAGGAACCAGCUCCCACGACCCCCAAGGAGCCUGAAGCCACCACUCCCAAGGAACCAGCUCCCACGACCCCCAAGGAGCCUGAAGCCACCACUCCCAAGGAACCAGCUCCCACAACCCCCAAGGAACCAGCUCCCACGACCCCCAAGAAGCCCGAAGCAACCACCCCUAAGGAACCAGCUCCCACGACCCCCAAGGAGCCUGAAGCCACCACCCCUAAGGAACCAGCUCCCACGACCCCGAAGGAGCCUGAAGCCACCACCCCUAAGGAACCAGCUCCCACGACCCCCAAAGAGCCUGCACCCACAACUCCCAAGACCUCUGCUGAAGUAACUCCUGAGUUUUCUGAAGCACCCACACCAAAGGCUCUUGAAAAUAGUCCCAAGGAACCCACUGUCCCACCAACUAAGACUCCCAAGGAAAGUGAACCUGAAAUUACUACAGCAGCUAAAGAUAAGACAACAGAAAAAAACACACCCCAAACUACAACUGUUGCCCCUAAAGGGACAACAAUUAUACCAGAAGAGACUACCAAAUCAGAAGCAAGUACCACCACACAAGUAACAUCUGCAUCUCAAGAUACCACAUCACCCCAAAUUUCUACUCUAGAAGCAACAACUCUCAAAAUCAAAGUAACUGCUCCAACUGAAGAGACUCCAAAAAACCCUGAAGAAACAACCCCUGAUGACUCUGAUGAGCCUAAGACAACUCUAAAACCCCAGAAACCAACCAAAGCACCCAAGAAGCCUGCUUCUACCAAAAAGCCAUCCAAAGCACCAAAGAAGCCCACAUCUACCAAAAAGCCAAAGACAACAAAAGCGAGAAAACCAAAAACAACACCAUCUCCUCUAAAGACAACUUCAGCAAUGCCUGAAUUAAAUACUGCUGCUUUAGAAGUCGUGCUGCCAACCACCGCCAGCCCUAAGCCAACUCCAAACUCAGAAACAGUUGAAGUAAAUCCAGAUAAUGAAGAUGCAGAUGGAGGUGGAGAAAAGCCUCUGAUUCCCAGGCCCCCUGUGCUAUCCCCCAUCGUUAUUUCAGGUACUGAUCACUUGGCCGGCGCACUCAACCACGGCAUUAACAUCAAUCCCAUGCUUUCAGAUGAGACCAAUUUAUGCAAUGGUAAACCAGUGGAUGGACUGACUACUUUGCACAAUGGGACAUUAGUUGCAUUUCGAGGUCAUUAUUUCUGGAUGCUAAAUCCAUUCAGACCACCAUCUCCACCACGAAGAAUUACAGAAGUCUGGGGUAUUCCUUCCCCUAUUGACACUGUUUUCACUAGAUGCAACUGUGAAGGGAAAACUUUCUUCUUUAAGGAUUCUCAAUACUGGCGUUUCACCAAUGAUGUACAAGACGCUGGAUAUCCUAAACAAAUUGUCAAAGGCUUUGGGGGACUAACAGGCAAGAUAGUGGCAGCUCUUUCAGUAGCCAAGUACAAGGACAGGCCUGAAUCUGUGUACUUUUUCAAGAGAGGUGGCAACAUUCAGCAAUACACUUAUAAACAUGAGCCCACGAGGAAGUGCACUGGACGGAGGCCUGCUAUAAACUACUCAGUGUAUGGGGAUGCAGCGCAGGUCAGGAGGCGCCGCUUUGAGCGUGCUGUUGGCCCUUUCCAGACACACAGCCUCAGAAUCCAUUACUCGCUGCCCAUGAGAGUUGUUUAUCAAGACAAGGGUUUCCUUCAUAAUGAAGUCAAAGUGAGUGCAAUGUGGAGAGGGUUUCCAAAUGUUGUGACCUCAGCAGUAACACUGCCUAACAUUAGAAAACCUGACGGCUAUGAUUACUAUGCCUUUUCUAAAGAUCAAUACUAUAACAUCGAUGUGCCAACUAGAACAGCAAGAGCUGUUACUACUCGCUCUGGGCAGACUCUCUCCAAAAUCUGGUACAACUGUCCUUAGACUGAUGAGCAAUGAAAAGUCAUCAAAAUGAAAUGAAGAAAACAAUGACAAAUUUUGACAUUGAAAUACAUUUUAUUAAUAAAGAAUGUUGAAAUGA